AUUUAUAUGUAUAUUAGUUUUAUACUUAGUAUAAAUCUAAUAAGCAUUAAUAAAUAUAUACACAUAUGCACACGAAUUUAAAGGUUAGAAUCUGUGCUCUCAGGAUAGAACACUAUGAAGACAUUCUCUGCUGAAUUUGGAGUGAAUGGCGAAAGUGUUUACGAGUAUCAACGUUUACAUCUGUUUAUGGUGAAUAAAAAUAUUACGUGCAUAUCAAAUGCUCGAAUUUUUGUUCCUACUUUUAAAAUUAAUCGAACAUAUUUGACAGUGUAUUGUGAACAUAUUGAAAAUGCAUAAAAAAUUAAGAGAAAUAAUAAUUAUUGAUAACAAUAUUAAAAUAGAUGCACUUAUGAUGCUUCCAUAUAUUCAUUAAUUAAACAUUUCUCCAAUAUUGUGUCUGUACAUUUGUAUUGAAUGAUUAUAAUAGAAUGACUAAUAACAUUGAAAUAUUCUUUAAUGGAACACAAAGAAAAAUGAAUGUAAAAGUGAAGGAAUAUAGAAUUGUUAAUAUUCAAUAUUUCUUAAUGAAUGAUCAUAGUCAAUGAAUAUAGUACAAUGUGUAAUAUACAUACAGUAAUAUCUCAUAUGUCUUUAUAUAUCUAUCCAAAGUUUAUUGUCAAAAUUAAUAUUAUGUUAUAUUAUUAAUAUUAUUGAAUCAAAUGAGCAUUAUAUUGACAGACAAAUUUUAUCUAAUGUUGUAUUAUCAAAGUAUAAUUGUAUACCAAUGCUCAAUAUAGUAAAGAAUUUAUUUAUUAUUAAACAAUGUCAGUUCCCUCUUGUUCGACAUACACAGACUUGCAUAUCCCGAAAAGUAAAGAAGAAAAAAUAUAUGCCAAGUGGGAACGUUUCACUAAUUGGGUACAUUGUAUAUGUAUCGUUACUUUUGAUCUUGAAUUAGGCCAAGCUAUAGAGGCGGUUUAUCCAAAUCAUGUACAACUGUCUGAACAAGAAAGAUCUAAUGUAUGUUACUUAGCGUUUCCUGAUUCUAACUCUGGUUGUAUGGGAGAUACCCAAUAUCAUGUAAGAUUAAGGCAAAAUGGAAAUAUGAUUCAAGACACACCAGCUUUACUAGAGUAUAAUAGAAAAUCACCUUCUUUUCUCCAAUGUGAUAAGGAUUACUAUUGGGGCUAUGUAUAUUUUCGUCAAGUUAAAGAUAAAUCUUUACCAAGAGGAUACUUCCAAAAAAGUAUUGUCAUCAUCACUAAACUGCCAUUUGUCAACUUAUUUUGUGAAUUGUGUGCUUUGAUAGCACCUGAAUUUUUUGAUCGUGGUAAUGCAGUCAUGGAAGCAGUUGUACGAGAAAUAGAUCGUUGGCCACUUCCUGGUCCAGGUCAAAUUGUCCACUUACCUCUUAUGGGUGUUUUAUUUCAGACAUACAUUCCAAAUCAAAAUUACAAGGCUGCUGUGCCAUGUAUUGCAGCAAUGGAUCAUGCACCAAAUGUCAAUGCAACACGAAGAUUAAUUUUAACAUCUGCAUAUGAAGGCGAUAUGUUCAAAACAUUAUCUAGUGUAGUGAGUCAUAUACAUUUGUUAUGGGAGUUAGUAUUAGUUAGUGAACCUAUCGUAGUAAUGGCUUCUUCACCGACUACAUGUUCAGAAAUGGUUCAAGCACUUAUUGCUAUGAUAUCACCAUUGAAAUACUGUGCCGAUCAUCGUCCAUAUUUCACGAUUCAUGAUUCUGAAUUUAAAGAGUAUACUUCGGAUGCUCCUACUCCACCUGCUGUAAUACUAGGUGUUACAAAUCCAUUUUUUGCCAAAACUCUGCAACAUUGGCCUCACAUCAUUAGGAUAAGUAAUGGUGGAACUAGUGAAACUCAAAAAUAUAGGAUCAAAAAAUCUGAGAAUCUCAAAGUAUUAGAUUCAAAGCCGGGUGUUUAUACACAAUACAAAUCUUUUCUGCAAAAAGAUAAAGCAAUAUUAAAAAAACUUUUGAGAGGUAUUCAAACAAAAAGACCAGGUGAAGCACAAACGGCUCUUUUGAAACGUCAUUUGAUGGAAUUGACUGAAAGUUUUAUGAUUCCUUUAGAAAGAUAUAUUGCAAGUCUUAUGCCUUUACAAAAGGACAUAUCACCCUUCAAAGCAACACCAAUACCACAAUUAUUUAAUCAGGAUGACUUUUUAGCUACAUUAAGUAGUUUGGGACCUCAAUUAACUACCGGUAUAAAGGGAGAUUGGGUAGGAUUAUACAAACGAUUUUUUAGAUCACCUAAUUUUUCGGGCUGGUUUCAUAGCAGAUACACAGAACUAGCUCAGAAAUUACAAGUGAUACAAUUGGAAGCAUUAUCGCAAGCAGAUUUGAAAACAUGGGUACAAGGAAAGCAAGAAGUAGAAGUUGUGGAUAUGAUCCUUAGAAUUAGACAGAAAUUAGAAAAGAGUUGCAUUAAUGAUAUAUCGAUUGAUGAUACAAUCAGAAAGAAACUCCAAGAUAGAAUAAAUGACAUUACACAUACAUUGCCAGAUGAUUUACAAGUUAUUUUAAGCCAUGAGUCUUGACAGUACGAUUAUAUUAUUAAUUUUAAAACUCGUUAAUAAUACUAUUUACUGCUAUUAGUUGAAUUGGGAAUCAACAUUAUAUGCCAAUGUCGGUGUAAAUUCAUAAGCAAAAUUAAGCUUCCAAGGAAUGAAGCUUUUAGAUUUUUAAAUAUUGAUGAUUAUGACAUAAAAAAAAGAAACGUGAAUCGUAUACAUAUGACAGACAUAAAUUGAAAUGCUCUGACUGAAUUUGUGCUAGAAUUUUAAAUAGGUUUUAAUUAUGCUUUUUUCUUGGAUGUAAGUGUGUAUAUAUAUA